AUGGCAACUGCUGCAUCUCAGCAGUGGUUAGACGAGGAGUUAACCUGCUCCAUCUGCCUGCAGAUCUACACCGAUCCAGUGACACUGGCCUGUAAGCACAGCUUCUGUCGCCCCUGUAUUGAAGAGUCCUGGCCGGAGUCGGGCUCUGACCCUUCCAGUUGCCCCGAGUGCCGAGCAGGGGAGCGGGCCCAGUCCCCUGUGCAGAGAAACUUCAAACUGGUCAAGGGGGCUGGCGGCUACCUGGCCCUGGAGAGAGCUCAGAGCGGGGUCCUGUGCAGUUACUGCAUCCGCACACAGCAAGCAGCUGUCAAAACCUGCCUGAAAUGUGAAGCCUCCAUGUGUCCCAUUCACCUGAAACUGCACACGGGCAACGGUGUCUUUAAAAAUCACCCGCUGGUAGAUACAUCGACAGAUCUGUCUGCAUGGAAAUGCACGGAACACGAGAGACUGCUGGACAUUUACUGCAAGGAUGAUCAAGUGUGUGUCUGCACACUCUGCACUCUGAUCGGGAAACACAAGGACCACCGCUGUGGUAGCAUCAGUGAAGGGGAGAAGGAACUGAGGAGUCUGAUAACAGAAACAAAGAGAGAAGUGAAGGAGAAGUAUGAUGCGUUGAGGAAACAUAUUGAAAAUGAAGAGCGAGAUGUUUUCUUAUGUCUGGAUAAGGAGCAGAGCCGCGUGACAACAGCAAUUGACACGCACAUCCGAAAACUGGAAAAAGAAAUUAAAUUCUUUGAAAUGUGUCAGGUCAAUCUCACAGGCCUUUCACAGAAGAAGGAAAAACUUGCAUUUAUACAGGAAUCUGAAGCCGCAGCACAGGCAUCAUCAACCAUGUCCUUUGCGGGAUUAGUUUAUUUCAGCUCGGUUCAGACAUAUCGACAGACUUUUGCAGGGGCAGAACGGCAGAGAUCAGUGACACAUUUCUUUCUAUUCACAGAUGGACAGAGGUUGACCCCGGACCUCAACACGGCCCACGCCCAGUUCAUCCUGUCUGAUGGUAACAGGACUCUGAGUCUAUCACACAAGAGGCAGCCGCUACCCAAGAACACGGAGCGGUUCGACUGCUGCCAGCAGCUGCUGUGUGCCGAGGGAGUGAAGGCCGGCCGCUCCUACUGGGAGGUGGAAGUGGGGGGAGACAGCGGCGUGUGGAAAGUUGGGCUUUGUUACAGGAGCAUCAGCCGCAGGGGCAAGGGAACCGAGUGUUUACUGGGGAGGAACUGCAAGUCAUGGUGUCUCUACUCGUUGGUGGGCUCUAUAUUGGCCCUUCAUGAUGACCAUGACACCAAGCUGACUGUGGGGAAUAUUUCCAGGGUGGGAGUAUACGUGGAUUUUGAGGCUGGAACAAUCUUGUUUUACAGUGUGUCUGACAGGAAGCUCACCCUGGUACACACCUUCCAGGAGCAAACAUUCACUGAAGCUCUUUACCCUGCCCUGCAGAUUGGUGACUUUACCACAUCUCUGUCCCUAUGUACACUUAAAUAG